AUGAUACUAUACAAGCAUAUAAAAAAUGUGAAAACAGAAAAUGAAGCUAAAUUAUUAUUAGCUGAUAUACAAGUUCGACGUGAUGCUGGAAUUUUUAAUUGGUUCACAAAUAUCAGCAAAAAAAUUUGGAAAUUAUUUACAUCAAUUAAUGGUAGUGAUCUUUUAACAAUAUGGUCAACAAAUAUGUGUAAACGAGAAAUAAUUGAAAAAUAUCUUCAUAAAAAAUUUUCACAAUUAAUACCUAUUUUAUUUAUUGGUGAUGGAUAUAAUGAUGUAUGUGCAGCAAAUAGUUUACAAAAAAGGUGA